GGCAGCUGCCUCCUCCUUCCCCCUCGGCCUGGAGUGGAGCCGCGGCUCCCUGCCCGCCCUCUCCCCAUUGUUGCGCUGGGUCUCGGGGUGGGCAGGCGCCCGGCUUUGCGCGGAGAAUUGCUGCAAGACAAGGCUCGAGUGCCCCUUUAAGACUGAAUGGUGUUUCAAGUGGGACGUAACUGGGGAAGAAGUUUUCAGUGUUCUGCUUCGGACUGUUUUCCUGAAGCCAUGGAAGAAUUAAUAGUUGAAUUGCGUCUGUUUCUUGAACUUUUGGACCAUGAAUAUCUAACAUCCACUGUCAGGGAGAAAAAAGCAGUAAUAACUAACAUUCUCCUGAGGAUACAGUCAUCAAAAGGUUUUGAAAUAAAAGAACAUGUACAGAAACAAGAAGUUUCCAAUAGUUUGCCUAGUUUGCCUGCCCCACCUCAGAUGCCUCUACCAGAGAUACCUCAGCAAUGGCUGCCACCAGAUAAUGGGCCUCCACCGCUACCAACAUCGUCCCUUCCUGAAGGCUACUAUGAGGAGGCGGUGCCACUUAGUCCUGGAAAGGCUCCUGAAUAUAUCACUUCCAAUUAUGACUCAGAUGCUAUGAGCAGCUCUUACGAAUCUUAUGAUGAAGAGGAGGAGGAUGGAAAAGGGAAAAAAAUGAGACAUCAGUGGCCUUCUGAGGAGGCUUCUAUGGACCUCGUAAAGGAUGCCAAAAUUUGUGCCUUCCUCUUGAGAAAGAAGCGAUUUGGACAAUGGACCAAACUACUGUGUGUUAUCAAAGAAAACAAACUACUGUGUUAUAAAAGUUCCAAGGAUCAGCAGCCUCAGAUGGAAUUGCUGUUGAAUGACUGCAGUAUCACAUACAUUCCCAAAGACAGUAAAAAGAAGAAGCACGAGCUGAAAAUCACUCACCAAGGAACAGAUGCACUGGUUCUAGCAGUACAGAGCAAAGAGCAGGCAGAACAGUGGUUGAAGGUGAUAAAAGACGUUUGCAGCAACUGCACUGGAGCGAUAGAUUCAGAUGGACCAUCAUCUAGUUCUCCGAUACACAAGACAGAACUGGAAAAGAAAUUGUCCUCUGAGAGGCCAAGCUCAGAUGGGGAGGGUGCUAUAGAAAAUGGAAUCGCUGCUGUGUGUAAUGGAAAAGAACAAGUUAAGAGGAAGAAGAGUUCCAAGUCAGAGACCAAGGGCACAGUGACUAAAGUAACCGGGAAAAAAAUAACAAAGAUCAUCAGUUUAGGGAAGAAGAAGCCAUCAACAGAUGAACAGACCUCAUCAGCUGAGGAAGAUGUUCCAACAUGUGGAUAUCUGAAUGUGCUCUCAAAUAACCGGUGGCGCGAACGCUGGUGCAGAGUGAAAGAUAAUAAGCUCAUUUUCCAUAAGGACAGAACAGAUCUGAAGACCCACAUUGUUUCUAUUCCUCUGCGUGGCUGUGAAGUCAUUCCAGGCUUGGAUUCCAAGCAUCCCUUGACAUUCCGUCUGCUUCGAAAUGGGCAGGAGGUCGCAGUGUUAGAGCCUUCAUCAUCUGAAGACAUGGGCAGAUGGAUUGGGAUUUUACUGGCUGAAACCGGUUCAGCUACAGAUCCUGGAGCUCUGCACUAUGACUAUAUUGAUGUGGAGAUGACUGCAAGUGUCAUACAAGCUGCAAAACAGACCUUCUGUUUUAUGAACAGACGUGUUAUAUCUACUAAUCCAUAUCGGGGAAGCACUACCAAUGGCUACGCAUGUCCCAGUGGAAUGGCACUUCAUUAUGAUGAUGUUCCCUGCAUAAAUGGAUCGUGGGAAUUGGAAGAUGGCUUUCCUACUUCUCGUAGCAGAAAUAUGGGAGAAGAAGUGCUUUAUGAUAACGCAGGCCUGUACGAUAACUUGCCGUCUCCGAAAAUCUUUGCACGCUAUCCACCUGCUGAGAGAAAAGCCAAUAGGUUAUCUACUGACAAACUCUCCUCUAACCAUUACAAAAACCCUGUCUCAUGCAAUCUGUCCUCUGCUCAGUCUGUCACUAACACCUCUGCUGUGGGGCGGGGAUCUGGCUCUCAGUUUAAGGGCAAAAAAAGCCCUGCAACUGCAAAUGGGAUCAUGGGAAAAGGGAGAAUUUUAAACAACCAACAGAAGAAAUCUGAAUCAGCAUCAAGUGUGAAACGCACAGCAUCGAAUGCUGAUCAGUACAAAUAUGGUAAGAACCGCGUUGAGGCAGAUGCGAAGAGGUUACAAACCAAAGAGGAGGAGUUAUUAAGGAGAAAAGAAGCUCUGAGGAACAGGUUGGCUCAGCUCCGAAAAGAAAGGAAAGACCUGCGAGCUGCCAUCGAAGUCAAUGCUGGCAGGAAGACUCAAGUUAUUCUUGAAGAUAAGUUAAGGAAGCUUGAAGAAGAAUGUAAGCUGAAGGAGACAGAGCGUGUAAAUCUGGAGUUGGAACUGACUGAAGUGAAAGAGAGCCUGAAGAAAGCCUUGGCUGGCGGCAUCACACUGGGAUUGGCAAUCGAGCCCAAAUCAGGAACCUCAAGCCCACAGUCUCCGAUUUUCAAGCACCGAACUCUGGAAAACUCUCCUAUCUCCAGUUGUGAUACGAGUGAUACUGAAUGUUCAAUACCAGUGAACAGUGCAGCAGUGCUGAAGAAACCUCCUUCAUCAAGUACUUCACCGUGUCGAGGCCAUGUCCUUCGAAAAGCAAAGGAAUGGGAGCUGAAAAAUGGAACAUAAGCAUUAGAAAUUUGUUUCCUUUGCUUAAAGGCCUUGCUUCAUAUGGACCAAGACAUAGGCUGCGAAAGACGCAUCUGUAAAAUGGUGUCAAGUGACAAGGUUUUAUAAUUAUGUUCAGUUAACAGUAGCUUGGCCCUCAUUUGACUGUACUCUUUCUACUGUAUUAUUGUGUAACUGAGUGUGCCCCUUUUUAUUAUCUGUAACUCUUUAUUUCCAACUUUAUUUGUAAAAAUCUUAGUAAAAAGGAGCAUAUAGUUGCAACUGAAAGUUUACAUUGCUGAAAGAGGUUAAAACAACAAUGUAAAUGCCAUUGCAUCAAAAGUCCUGAAUGGAAAUCAAGACUGGUGCACGCUUUGAGACCCAGAUAAAAUCAUAUACAUUUAGAUAUGUUUUACUAUUAAGGCUAAUUUUUACUUUCAGAAUUCCACCACCUGAGAGAGGACUUUUCACAAGCUUGCUCGUUAGGAUUCAUUCAGCUGUUACCUGUUCACUUGGCAGGAGAUCGAAGAAAUGUUUCCACAGGAACGACAUGACUUGUUUGAGCUAGGAAGUCAGGAACUCUUCCCCACCACUCUUUUCUCAAUGGUUAUGAGACGACCAUGGAAUGACAACUUGGCUGUGAAGCAUUUUUUGAUACAUUUUAGACAGAUGCUUUUGUCAUCAGGGCAUAAAAAGCUGCCAUGCAUUUUAAUAAAAAGAAAAGGAGUACUUGUGGCACCUUAGAGACUAACAAAUUGGUUAGUCUCUAAGGUGCCACAAAUACUCCUUUUCUUUUUGCGAAUACAGACUAACACGGCUGCUCCUCUGAAACAUGCAUUUUAAUAUGUUCUUUUUAGUGUUGCUGUUGUUCCUAAGCACCUGUCAUCUUCAAACAGUUUCUCUCAUAUAGUCUAAAAAUUAUUUGGGCAUGAUUUAAAAAAGGCAACAAAGUCCUUUUUAUAUGUUGCUUCCUUUCUGCACCUCCCAAAAAAAUCCCACUGACAGCCUCUAAAAUUAAUUUUUAAAUAACAGCAACUUUAAAAGGCUCGUGCAGUUUUGUUUUGCUUGUUUUAACAUUGUUAAAGUCAGGUUUUAUAACUCUAUUGUAUUUGCUUUCUGCAGUCCUUUCAGAUCUUGGAUAAUAUUUUUGAGGAAAUACGAUUUUCCAAUCUCCUUUAUACAUGAUGAUGAAAUAAGAAGUGACAAGACCAUUUGUGAGAGAGGACUCAUUUUCUGUUUGCCAAGAAACAGGGUUUUCCUUUUAGUCUGUGAAUAAUUAGAAGUCUGUUUUCCUUUUGUUAUCUAUGUGUCUCUGCUGAAAAGUCAGAUGCCUUAUUUCCAACCCCAACUGUUCAAAAUUCAUGAGUCAAAUUACUGAGAGCAGCUUAAAAAUCAUGAAACUUUUGUUUUUUAAAAAAGUUAUUUCUAUUUGUCUUCUGUUUUUCGAGCCUUUAUAAUGCACUCAGGUCACGUUUUCAAGAUUAUCUCUACAAUCAGGAGGGCUUAAAACUAAAGUUGAAAUUUUGACAUAAUCACUUGUCUGCAGGUGCUGGGGCUUUAAAUAAAGCAUCAAAUAUCACCAGUCUCUUGAUAAAAACACAAGAGUUGGCAACAUUGCAGAUACAGACAUCAAGGGAAGAACAGAUCACUUGAUGUCCCAGUCCUGCAGUUCUGUCAUUAGUAAAAUUUACUUAGCUUUAUAAAUGUACACUGGUAUGUAAAACUCAGAGUAAGGUGCAAAAGGACAUCCAUGGGCGUUACACACACAUGCAAACUGCAGGCUUACAACCAUAGGCUAAAAUGUUCAGCACCCAGCAGCCCCAAAAUCUGGCCCCAGUUGUGGGCCCUGAGCACUUUUGAAAGAGUGGGUCAUAAUGGCCCACUACUCAGGGUCUGAUUCUGUUACACAUUAAAGUCAAAGACAAGGCUCCCUCAGUGGUGCAGGAUCAGAACCAAAAUGGCAGUAGGCCUUGUUGCCUUUUUUAGGGUCCACAAUAAUGCAAAUACAGUGGGGAAAUACAUGUCAGCAUUGUCUCUUUUUCAAAGCUGGCUAUUGUAUUGUAUUUUAGAUUGACCUUAACAUUUUCUAGGUGAAGGGCACAAGUUAUGCUGCAUGUUAUGGACUAUAGUGCUAUAAAGUAUCCCAGAAAUAUCAGGAAAAAAGUUUGAUGCAAAAGUAAGUUCAUUUAGGCUUUUUACUUCAAAAGUUAUUUAUUUGUAUAUUUCACUAAAUAUUUAAUUUAUAUCUGUACAUAUUUAUGAUGCAAAUUAGGCCUCUAGUCAACAUGUGUGAUGCUGAAACAGUUGUCGUUAAUAAGUGGUCCUAUAUCAAUAACACUGAACAGCCAAUAGCCUAACUAAUUUGAGUCUGUUUUCCCCCAGAUUGUCUCUGUAACUUUUUUCCCCACAGUGAGGAGUGACUUGUAGGGAGGGUGGGGUUAAAUUUUUAUCUCAUGUCUGAGAUGAGUGUGGAAAUUCCUCUAAGCAAACAGAAAUUGCAGGCUGCUUCUAAGAUGCACGACUCCAUGUAAUGAUUCUUCCAUUCUGCCACAUACACCUUUAAGAAUGGGACCCCAAAUGCCUGUUCUAAAUGAUAUAUUAUGUAACUAAAUGUGCAAGUACAUUGCUAAUAUUUUGCAAUUAGCAUACUAGCUAAGACUAUUCUAUAUAAUGGCCAAGGUAUUAUAAUAUAGAAUAUACUAAACUCCGGAAAUAGCCUCUUUCCAGAACAUAUUCAGUGCUGUGAAAUACUCAUUUUUUUGCGCGUUACUCUUACUGUACAAAUUUUAAUAAAAAGCAACAAAGUUUGUAUUUUCGUAGUUUUGAAAUUUCAAAAUUACCAGGCAAACUCAGCAAUAGGACAGUAUGACAUUUUAAAGAGAAAACUCUUCUAUUUUAAAUCAUCGCAUUUCUAUGUCUUCUGAGAUAAUGUUACACAUGUGCUUCCUAAACAAACUCCUAUUACUGUAUCAGGUGCUUUUUUAAAUAUCAGAUCAUAAUUUUGGGAAGACCAAAGGUGUUUUUUAUAGGAUGAUUUUGGUGUUUUGAUUUUUCUAACAGAGAAUACUUAAUUUAGUUUCAGUUUUUCAUUUUUAGACACGUUCAAAUUAAUUGGGUCUGGUUGUAUGUUGUAAGAUAAUGUUCUCAUAUUAAGAAUGUAAUUAUUUCCUUAUUGUAUUUUUAAAAAAAACAAAAUCAUAUUUAAAAAUCUCUGUGGGGAAAAAAGCAUGCAAGAAACAUGAAAAAAGCUUUUGUUUUAUUUUUGUUAUUGGAUAUGUUGGCAGUGCCCAUUAUAAUUGUAAAUAUAUUCUUUCUACUGUAUUUCUCAAUGUAUUUAAUUUUUAGAGACACAUCCAUGGGAAAUCAUGUUGAAAAAAUCCAAAAUGGACCCACCUGCAAGUGUGUGUCUUUAGCUUCAUUUAAUUUCUGUCUUUCUAGUUUGUUCUCCAGGAAGUCUUAGAGUGUGAAAAAGGACUGGCGCCUACUAGGUGUGACAGAUUUAUGUGCAUUAUUAAUAAAAAUUACCCUGUCAAAACAAGAA